UCCCUGCAGCCGAAUGAACGGGUAUCUGUGAUUCUGGAUGUACGUCAAAUACUGAAGAAGAAAUUAUUUGCGAUUUUUUUUUUUAAGCACCGAAGGUCCUUUUCUGUGGGAGAAAAAAAGACUUUUUUGGGUGUUUUAUUUGGAGGAUUUACCAAUGCAUGAGCCAUGAUUUUGUUAUUUUUUUCACUGAAGUCAGUAGUUGUGUAGUACCACUCCACAAGUACAAUUACAACCUCAAGCAAUAUACAAAACAACUGUGCCAACAAAAUGCAGAAGCAAGUUGAGGUCAGGAUGGAUGAGAGCCCCUUGGGACCAGGGGUAGACACUCCUGAGAGUCUAUGUGGAACUGUCUGUGAUAAGAUUAUGAAGAACAUGGUUCUCACUCUUACAAUCCUUGGUGUGUUUCUGGGUUCUAUUGCCGGAAUGCUUCUGCGGCACAUAUCACCUCUCCCUCCUGAUGUUAUAAUGAUCAUUGCGUUCCCUGGGGAGAUCCUAAUGAGGAUGCUGAAGAUGCUUAUUUUGCCUCUUGUUGUUUCCAGUCUGGUCACAGGACUAGCUGGUUUGGAUGCCAAAUCCAGUGGACGACUAGGCACCAGGGCCAUGGUGUACUAUAUGUCAACAACAGUGAUCGCGGCUGUCCUAGGAGUGAUCCUGGUGCUGGCCAUCCAUCCUGGGAACCCCAAGCUCAGGGCCAAUCUCGGACAGGGAAAAAAGAAUGACGAGGUGUCCAGCGUGGAUGCUUUAUUUGAUCUCAUCCGAAAUCUUUUCCCAGAGAACUUAGUGCAGGCCUGCUUCCAGCAGAUCCAGACCGUAACCACCAAAGUACCAGUACCCACUAAUAGGACCAGAGCACAUCCGCAGUUCACAAUCAAACGGUCGCUUCAGUUCAAGAGUGGGAUGAAUGUCCUGGGUUUAAUUGGAUUCUUUGUUGCUUUUGGAGUUAUUAUGGGGAAAAUGGGAGAGAAGGCAAAGCUAAUGUUGGAGUUUUUCAACGUGCUGAAUGAAAUUGUUAUGCGGCUUGUUGGUGCAAUUAUGUGGUACUCCCCUGUUGGUAUUGCCUGCCUCAUCUGUGGAAAGAUCAUCUCUAUUGCUGACUUGGAAGUGGUUGCAAGACAACUGGGGAUGUACAUGAUUACUGUGAUAGUGGGCCUUAUCAUCCAUGGAGGAAUUUUUCUUCCGCUGAUAUAUUUUAUAAUAGUAAAAGAAGAUCCCUUCAAGUUCUUUAUGGGAAUUUUCCAGGCUUGGGUCACGGCACUGGGAACAGCAUCCAGUGCCGGUACCUUGCCUGUCACGUUCCGAUGCUUAGAGGAAAACCUGGGCAUUGACAAGAGGGUGACACGCUUUGUCCUCCCAGUGGGUGCCACUAUCAAUAUGGAUGGCACAGCACUUUAUGAGGCUGUCGCUGCCAUCUUCAUCGCUCAGAUGAAUGGGAUCAGCCUUGACUGGGGCCAGAUUGUUACUGUAAGCAUGACCGCCACCUUGGCCAGUGUUGGAGCAGCCAGCAUCCCGAGUGCUGGACUUGUGACCAUGCUUCUGAUCCUGACGGCAGUGGGGCUGCCCACUCAGGACAUCAGCCUCCUGGUUGCUGUCGACUGGCUUCUGGAUCGUUUCCGUACCUCCGUUAAUGUGGUUGGGGACUCCUAUGGAGCAGGUAUCGUGUACCACCUUUCCAAAGACGAGCUCGACACCUUUGACGCCCAACAGACCCGGAUGGAUGACUUUGAGAUGGCAAAGACACAGUCCUUCUUUGAAAAUAACACCAACCAGAAUGUAUACGCUCACCACAACUCAGUCUUGAUAGACGACUGCAAGGUCACCAUGGGCAAAAAUGGCAACACUGCAGAGUUCUCUCUUGUUGAGGAAGACCCAUGGAAAUGCGGGUAAAGCAGAUUGAGAUGCCGCUGCACCUUACACAAGUUUUACUUUUACUUUCUGUCGACACAGCUACAAAAAUAUUAACAGCAACAGAAAGAAAGCAUAUUUACAAGAAGACAUAAACGGAAGACAGCAUUAAGGGGAGGUAAACUGUCGGCCAGAUUUUGAAAAUUCAGCUACCCAUCUGGGUAACUGUAUGGACCAAAUCUUCAAACAAUAUUAUAGAGCUUGUAUUUGUAUAAAUUCUACACAAACUGUAAUAAACUUGUGCAUUUCGUGCACAUGUAGAGACAACAUUGAGUUGACAACACUCAGGGCCUUACUUGGUGCUGCUGCAAGCCACCUGUCCUGUCAACAACAACAACAACAACAGCAACAACAACGAAACUUCUCCUUUGUGCAACAUCCCAUUUUUCUUUUGUACUAAGGGAUUUUCUUUGUAGCUUUAAGGAUGGUGUGUGACUGAUGGCCUUGCUGGUUAAGUUAAAUACAUGGACCAGGUGAGAGGGAUGCGUUAAAAGUCAUCAAAAUCUGACAGAUUUUAGUACCGAAUGGUUGUUGUCCAGACCAAAGGUUCAACAUUUUUCAAACUAAGUUUAUGGCAAAGAGGAAAAAAACUGAGUGAACUUUUUGUUGAAUUGCGAGAAAAGGGCAGGGCAGUUAAGCACUGUAUUAUCUCUGACUGUUCAACUCAUGGGAUUAUUCCCUGAUGUCAUACACAAGGUCAGAGCUGAUAAGUGAAGAUUAGGACUUAAGAGCAGAGAGUGUGGCCUCUAAAUGUAGCAACAAAAAGUACAGAAUGUGUUGCAGAGAGUAAAGCUCAAAACAGAUUACAUAAAUUGUGUCUGCCCAGUUAUUUAUCCAUUUAUCUAUUUAUUGUCAUUGGUUUUUUUGUACGUAUGAAAAACUGAGUUUCUGUCAAUAAUCAAAAGUCUGCCUGUGUCCUGGAAAUCAUGUGUGUACAAGUGUGUUUCUGAGAUGGUGUGUGGGAGAUUAACCAAAAAAAAAAAAAAAAAAAAAAAAAAAGAAAAGAAAAUUGGAGGUUUAAUGUCUCUCAAACUCUGAACAGAACAGUGCAUUGUCCAGUGUUUUAUUUCAAACCGUUUCUUUCUUUGUUAUAUGACAACUUUGCCUUGAUGAUGUCACCUGCAGAGUGCAGUUAGUAUGAUCACGAUGACUGAAGCAUUUCUGGAUAAAAGUUUGUUGCAAUAGAAUGGAAGAGAAUAAUUCAAGUUUUGUGAGCGAGGACGGCUGGGCCUUCUUCGCUGGGUUUUUGUAGCGUUUACACAACAGAUUUAGAUGUAAGUAACCAGCCUGAAAUUACGCCUAGUGUUAAUUAGCUGUGGUCACGUCUGUUUAGCAAGUGCACACUAAAUUCUGCCUCCAGCACUCGCAUAAAUCUGACGCUGUAACAAGGUCAUUGGAUGUUGGUUGAACAUGUUUUUGAGUUUCGCUCUGGCGUUCAAAGCUAGGUGAAACUGGAUUAUUUAUUUAUUUUUCAUAUGAGCAGAAGCUUAUAUAUCUUCAUGUUUAAAGUGCCUGCUUGCACUUUGUGUAUAUACUCUCUUUAGGUAAAAUGUGUACAAAUCGAAUGUAUAGACUUGACAUUUUUUGUCAUCAUAAUGGUUUUUGCUAUGUAAAACAUUUCUAUAAAGAUUAUAACUAUAUACAAUUAUGCUACAAUGCUAGAACAUUGUUAAUUUUUCUUUAAUGGGCCAUUAGGUAGCUCACUAGGUUGUGAACUUAGGGUUAUUUAUUAACAAGAAAUGCAUUACGUGUAUUUGUUUGAAGAAAAACCACCACGUUUCAAGUCCAAUAUUUCUCACUCUGUGUGAGUACAUAUUGUUACUGACCCAUCGCAUAUUUAAUUAAGGAUUCUGAGCAGUUGAUGGAGUUUUGGGGGUGUGAGGAUAUAGGUCAUCUCAGCUACAGUGUAUCUAAAUUCAGAGACUGCAGUAAGCCGUGUGGCUUAGGAGGAGGCUUCAUAAAUAAUAUUUCAUAAUGAAUUAUUUCAUCACUUCUCCAUUUGUUUGUUAUUGGUCAUUCUUCUAGUUUAUGAUAUGUUAUUAGUCAACUGGCCUACCGUAGCAAGUGUUUUCUAUAAAUAUGUAAGACUGUACCAUCUUUAGAUACUUAAACUCCUAUUUUGUAUCUUUUUUGGAUUCUGUACACAUAUUGGUCCAAUAAUGCAUUAAAUAUUUCCUUCCUUCCAUUCAUCAUAAUGCAGAACUGUGACUGUUUAAAUGCAAGUAGGACUGAAGGGAUUCAUACUAAAUUCACUCUCAUAAGAACAAAAAUAUUUGUCUGGCAAACGGACUGAAAGUGUGUAAAUGUUUUAAUACAUGUGUGUAAAGAUUAUUGGAAGCAAAUAAAUGUUUAUUGAUGA